GGUAAUUAUAUUAUCAUCAAAUAAGUAUUUCUAUGUUUUUAAUAUCUAUAUAAUGAAUAUACGUAAUUUAUUUAAAUCAAAUGUAAGCAAUGCCUUACAAGGACCAGAUUUGCAGGCUAAGAUUAACGAACUGCACCAUUAUUAUAUGCCUAUCGACUUGAACUCUGCGUAUCAUGAAAGCAAAGUUAUGGCCGUCAAUAACCUCAAUUGGAUCUUAAGGAAAACCACCCGUCAGAAUCUGCAAGACUCUGAAUUCGAGGAACUGCUCUUGUGCUCCCUGACCGUCCUUUACUACUUUGGAAUGCGUCUAAAAUUAAGCAAAUUAUCCUCAAGAUAUUGGUACUGGUGUGGACAGAAACUUUUUCAUAAAGCAGAGCAUGCUUUCCAAGUCUCCAAUUCAUACCUUCAGCCGGAGCACAACGAGAAGACGAUUAAAAUUACUCUUCAUUUCUUCGGCUUCGUAAAUUUGUGGCCUUUUGAGAGCUUUGUCAGGCAAGUUUUGGAAGUGGUUCUUUAUUUCAAUGGUGGGAAAACGGUACUUUUUAAUCUAAUGCUAACUGACAUUCAUUAUACAUUAUUUAGGGAUACCAAGUCAGCCAGGCAUCGUAUGCGAGUUUUAUAUGAAUUGCUAAAUAGCGAAAAUUGGAUUAUAGACAAACAAAAGCUGUUACCAUUUAUUACACGUCUCUUAGACUUUUUCUCUCAGAGUAUAACCAAGAGCGACAACAAAGUCGAAGCGUACACGUAUUUGCGCAAGGGUUUCGAAGUAUGUCUUCGGCGAAUAUUCGAGAGAGUGGAGAACCAACACAGGCUGAUGAUUAUUAGCACUAUGUUGAAAUGGUUUUCCUUGGUCAAUAUGAAUGAUGAAGAUGUAUUGGAAUUCUCGACGCUCGUAACGUAUGCAACGGAAUUGUAUAAAGUAGGGCCUUACAUCGAGACCUUCCAGGAGGAUCUGUUUUAUCACAUUUUAGCCGAUUUGGUUGGGUCAAACAAUAGACUAUACAGUUUAGUAGGUUGUCGAAUUUUGGAAAAAGUUUUAGAUCGCCAUAAAAAUGGGUGCUACUUAAAUGUACCCACUUUGUAUUACGAUUUUUCACAGGUGCGAUUAAUUGUUGGAGAUUACGACAGUGGAGACAAAGCAUUUGUGCGGCAGUUCAGAGAAAAGAUGCACGAGUAUCUUCUCAAAGCAAUGAGACUACACGGCUAUACUAUCGACAAUGUUAAGGCGAUCUUUUCCGUAAUAUGUUGCCUCGUAUUGGAAGUCCCUUGUGGUUUAACAGCGGCAGCUGCGGCAUGGAUGGGGAUGUCGAUUCAGGACAUCGCUCUUAAUUGCGAAAAUUUAGCGGCUACUUACCGUUACUGGAUGCAUGCGAUUGUUAUUUCAAUAAUGUCACUGAUAUGUUGGGUACAUAAGGCUCCGACGUUGUACCGGUAUAUAAACCAGGUGAUAUCUCGACGGGCCAAAGAGGCCCCACAGUUGAAUCCCCCGCUGCAGCAGUACUACAAUAUCGCUCACCAUCACAUCACUUGGAACAAACCCACGCUUUUUCUAGAGGAUUGGGAGCUGCGAUAUGGCCUGUGGAAACAUUUUCAAGAUCGCCCCGGGUCCACAAAGAACAAGAAAGCGAACAGAAACAAAUUGUCAAAGAGAGUGCCGGUGAUAAUACAUUGAUACUUAUUUAUAACUAGCUGAUGCCUGCGACUUCGUUCGCGUGGCCGAAUAAUUUUUGGCGUACGAAAAAAGUUGUGAUCCACGUGCCGUACAAAGUUAAGAAGAUAAAGCAUACGCACACGGUUUACAAGACGAUCCAUCAUCACCACACUCACCACGACCACCUAGACCACGGUACUUCGCCGUCGGAGGA